CAGACACAACCGGGCGGCUGGAGUGGAUAGACCGUGGAAGCGCGCACGCAGAUGUGUCAGUGCUGGUUUGACAGACUGCGGUAAAACCGCUAGGUCGGUCACGACUUUCGGAAACUAAUACAUCUGAGUGAGUGAGUGGAUUUGCGCGUGCCGGAGAUAAAUCCCACGCGAGCUGUUCUGAACCACAUCCAUCCAUCCACCCGGGACCUGCCCCGCUCUGCUCCCCCUUCCCCGUGUGGUGGUAGGCACCGGCCCGCUCUUCUCAGCGCUGACUCUGCUCGGCUGUGACACUACCGGCCGAUCAGCACCGAACACCGGCUCUCUUUCUUUCACAUGGGCGGAGACGAGGAGGGGUUCAGCGCCCGGAGAAACCGCGGAGGGAACGAGGAGAGCGGAGAGUGUGCAGCGUCCCUGGACCCGGACAGAGAGAGGAGAUAUGCGGAGCUGUUCGAGCAGCUGGACUUGAAUAAAGAUGGCAGAGUAGACAUCAGCGAACUGAGGACCGGACUGGCAGCUCGUGGUUUACACCGGGGAGAGGCAGACGAGGUGAGGAGACCAAUCGUCCUCGAGAGCGACAUCAACCAUGAUGGUCUGCUUGACUUCCAGGAGUUCUCUCAGUACCUGCGGGCUCACGAGAAAAGGCUCCAGCGCAUGUUUCACAGCCUUGACUGCAACAAUGAUGGACGGAUUGACGUGGGGGAGAUCCAGCAAUCUCUGCACAAACUUGGAGUUGAGGUCACCAAGCAGCAGGCAACCAGAAUACUGCAGAGUAUGGACAGGGAUGGGACUACGACCAUCGACUGGAAUGAUUGGCGAGAUCACUUUCUGUUUAACCCCUUCCACAACAUGGAGGAGAUUGUCCACCACUGGAAGCACUCCCAUAUGUUUGACAUUGGGGAACAUCUGACAGUGCCUGAUGAGUUCUCAGAGCGGGAGCGACGAUCAGGUCUAGUGUGGAGGCAGCUGGCGGCCGGAGCCAUGGCAGGGGCAGUGUCCCGGACAGGAACUGCUCCUCUGGAUCGCCUCAAAGUCUUCCUGCAGGUACACGGCUCUACGUCUCGAGGGAUUAAUCUGUGGUUUGGACUGAGGGGAAUGGUCAAAGAGGGAGGCGUCGUAUCACUCUGGAGGGGAAAUGGUAUCAAUGUCCUCAAGAUUGCCCCUGAAUCUGCCAUUAAGUUUAUGGCCUAUGAGCAGAUCAAGUGGGUGAUCCGGGGCAAUAGAGAGGGGGGCAGUUUGAGGGUACACGAGAGGUUCAUUGCUGGCUCUCUGGCAGGAGCUACCGCCCAGACAAUCAUCUACCCAUUGGAGGUGCUGAAGACUCGUCUUACAUUAAGGAAGACGGGACAAUACUCAGGUUUGGCCGAUUGUGCCAGAAAGAUCCUUAAGAAAGAGGGGGUCCGAGCUUUCUACAGGGGCUACCUGCCAAACACUCUGGGCAUCAUCCCCUAUGCUGGCAUUGACUUGGCUGUAUAUGAGACUUUGAAGAACGCCUGGCUCCAGAGAUACUGUGUAAAUUCAGCAGAUCCAGGAGUUUUGGUCCUGCUGGGCUGUGGCACCACCUCCAGCACUUGUGGUCAGCUGGCAUCCUAUCCUCUCGCUCUCAUCCGCACACGCAUGCAGGCGCAAGCCACUGCUGAGGGUAAACCCAAGCUGACGAUGGCGGGCCAGUUCAAGUACAUCAUAUCUCAUGAAGGUGUACAGGGCCUGUAUCGCGGCAUCACCCCCAACUUCCUCAAAGUCAUUCCUGCAGUCAGCAUCUCCUAUGUUGUGUAUGAGCACAUGAAGAAAGCCCUCGGGGUCGUUAACUAGACUGAGACACAAAUAAGCCACAUACAAGAAAAAAAGGACAGAAAUGGGAAAGACUCGUUACACAAGUGAGAAACAGAGCAGAGGUGAUGGUGCAGCUUCUCAGACUGAAGAUGAACUGGAGGAAAUUGGCUGGAAGCCUAGGAAAAGGAGAGGAGAAAGGAGGCAUUUUUCAGGUUGGGCUGGUUCUGCCAGAGUUUACACUGCACUUGCAGUUAACCCAUUCAGGUUCCAGCUAGGGUAACUUGCUGGUCAUCUGCCUAGAACAAAUUUCUUUGGGAAUAUGACUGAAAUUAAUGUUAGUCCUCUCUUUAACACUAUUUUACCACAUGUGUACAUACAAUGCAUUAACUUCGAGGAUAUUUUAAAUUUCAUCCUUGUCCAGUGCACACAGCUUAACAAUAGAGAAAUUUUAACAGACUGCGGCCUAAUAAAACGCUGGAUGUGACUUUCUUAGAUCUUUUAGUAAUGGGUUAUUUGUUAUUUCAGAUUAUUUUUUGCUGCCUCCGUUCAUAUCCAGCUGAGGUUGUUGGGCACAGGGAGAAGAGAUGCCGCUGUCAUGACAACAGCUAGUUGAGCUGAUGAUGGCUGAAGCUUUUUGUUAAAAUAAUUUAGUAAUAUUAACAACUUUAGCAAAACAAUGUGGGUCAGUGAACAUUGUUUUACACCCAGGUUGGGAUAAUAAAGAAGGCUCAUACAACCAAACCCAAACAUUGAGCAGUGAAUGACUAAGUCUCUUGUUUUCUUGGUCUUACAGUCUUUCUUAGUCUUUUGGAAAAUGCACUGUGGUAAGAUACUAAUCUGAUUUAGGUGCCUGAUGGAAUCCCUGUAUCUAACACGCAGACUUUUCUAGACAAACCUUUACUAUGCAGAAGAGAGUUGACAGUGUGUGUUUGAUCUGACGGUGCUGCUCGUAACCUCCUGUGUACAACCCUCAACAACCCAGUGGUGAUCAAACCUUGAUUAAACACCGGACUGUGUUGUGGCAUCAUUAGUCUGGCAUGAGUUUAGGUAUUUAAACAGCAAUAGACUUGUGUCUGGUAUAAGGGACUUAAUCAUGUCACUGUAAAAUUAUACAAACAUUUGUGGCUGAAAAGGCAUUCCUUGGAUCUAUUGUUGUGCAUAUGAUACCUUAAGUGUGACACCAUUAAGUGGUGUGCCUUAGGGCAUUCAAUAAAUUUGUUUUUUGAAUAUUCAUAUUUAAAAUAUGAAUAUCAAAUAAUAACUUUAAUUGAUUAAAGUUACCUCAGGUCACCAUGCGUCUUCCCAUGAAAGUACUAAUUACAAAUGUUGAACUCUGAUUAAUAAUUAAAUUUAAAACUAUAGCCGUGUUGCUGUCCUAAUACUUAAACACCUCAGGCUGCUGGGUAACCAUGACAUGAGGUAAAAAUAAGCAGCCUCUAGUUUCAUGGUUGUGUGGUGCAGAGGUGUAUGCACAGGCAGCAGUCAAGAGAGAACGGUUGUGUCAACAACAGUUACUAACUCCUCACAGUUUAACUGAAAUGUAUCUGGAUAAUGUGAGAUCUAUUUGACAAAAUAUCAUUGAUCUCUCUCAGCGUGUCGUUCAGCCUCAUCAGCGUUUGAAUAACUUAAGGUCCACUAAAUAGAUUUUUCUGCAGCGUUCAUGUGUAACAAGAAGUCAUAAUCAGCAGAUGUAGUUUGCUCAGUUGUCAUUGAGAUGGCACUGCUGACAUUUGAACUAAUAGGAUUUAUCAAUGUCUGCUCAAAGGUCGGGUCUGAAACUUCUUGAGAAUGGAAAUGGUUGUUUAAUGAAACAAUUCCAUCUUAAGGUCCACGACAAUGCAUUUUUUGAUUUUAACCAGAGAAGAAUACUUUUCUACUGAUAAAAAGGAGCUGGCACAUCCUGCUCGGUUACUGGCUAGAUCAAAUUGUUUACAACAACCAAACCAGAGGCCACAAGAGCUCUGUGUGAAUCACAUGUGUAUGUGCAGGCAGAUUCCAAACCAUAUGGUUUUCAGUAUAUUUAUAAACAUAUUAAGCUAUUUUCUGUAUCUUGUUCUCUGCACUGAAGCUUCAGCCAAAAACCUCAACCUUAGCUGCAAGUGUCGAAAUGUGAGGCUUGGCCUCAACUGCUAUUUUAUGAGAAAGAGGUAAAAAGGGGACUUGGUGUGUAACUGCGCAUGAUUUUUUAAAGCAUAUUUUGGUCUAACAUGAAUAUGAACUGCAUUAAAAGUAGUUGGUUGGUGAAGUUCUGAAGCAAUUGCAUGUAAAGGAGCCUUUACAUAGCAAGCAUUACAUAUAGUAUUUUAAAAGCAUGAGUGCAUGUUUCUAAGCCUUUUGUGAAAGUGUAGCUGCCUGACAAUGCCUUUCGUCUAUGGGAUAUUUUAACCAUCAAAAAGAAAAAAACUGCAGCAACAAGAGUUUACUAGUUUUGAUAAACGGUCUGUGUCAGUUGAAUAUAUAUGUGCAUUUUACAUGGCUUGAUGAUUGAAUUAAAUAUUUGACACUGGAC